UGGGUGUGUGGAGGCCGUCACGUGACGCCGCGACUGGCUACUGUCACUCUGCUAUAAAUCCACCUCUGUGUAUCAAGCUGCCCUUUUCUCCACGGAAGGUCCAGGCUACAAAGUAGCUUCGACUUCUUCUUCAGUCAUGGCGGACCAGGCUUUUGUGACGUUGGCUACCAAUGACAACUAUGCUCGGGGAGCCAUGGUUUUGGGAAAGUCCCUCCGCAACCACAACACAUCCAAGAAGCUAGUGGCACUCAUUGGUCCACAAGUGGCAGAGCCUUGCCAGUCCGUGCUGAAGAGAAUCUUUGACGAGGUGAAGGUGGUGGACGUGCUGGACAGUGGCGACACGGCACACCUGGCUAUGAUGAAAAGGCCUGACCUGGGCAUCACCUUCACCAAACUCCACUGCUGGACUCUCACACAUUACUCCAAAUGUGUUUUCAUGGACGCAGACACACUGGUGCUUUCAAAUAUAGAUGAGCUGUUUGACAGAGAAGAGUUGUCAGCUGCUCCCGACCCUGGCUGGCCUGACUGCUUCAACUCUGGCGUGUUUGUUUUUCGUCCUUCUAUGGAGACUUACGGCAAACUGCUUCAGCAUUGUACAGAACACGGCAGCUUUGAUGGAGGAGACCAAGGUGUUUUGAAUGACUUCUUCAGCAACUGGGCUACAGCUGACAUAUCAAAACACCUCCCCUUCAUUUACAACCUCAGCAGCAUAGCCAUCUACACUUACCUUCCAGCCUUCAAGCAAUAUGGAGGCAACGCCAAGGUGGUCCAUUUCCUGGGGAAGACCAAGCCAUGGAGUUACACAUUUGACACCAAAGCCAAACGGAUCACAGGGAGUGUGCAUGAGGCCACCACACAUCCCACCUUCUUACUGGACUGGUGGACCCUGUACUCCAGCACUGUGGUGCCAAUGCUGCAGGAGCAAUAUGGAGACCAGCCUUUCCACUCUGGAUGUGUGGAGCUGACAACUUUGUUCACCGUGGACACACUGAACAAGGUCUCCUGGUUGUCCAGCUCUAUGAAAAAUAAAAGGUUCCAGUACAGUGACAUGGUCACUUUUGAGAGUGGACAGGGUGAGAGCCCUUCUUCAUAUGCAGAAGCACUCGAACCCCAGCUGUCCUCCGAAGAACGGAAGCAGAAGUGGGAGCAAGGUCAGGCAGACUACCUUGGAAUGGACUCAUUUGACAAUAUCAAGAGGAAGCUUGAUACUUUCCUCAAAUAAAGAAGCGGGAUAUCAAAAGAGCACUUGCAGUUUAAAAAACUAUCACCACAGGUCUCAAGAAAAUACUGUAAAACAGGUCAGUUUUCCAUUUUGCCUGUUUCUCAAGUAGAAAUGAGUUCAGUCUCUCCCUCUACUAGCACCACCCAAUCUAUACUCCAAAGACAGGGCAAGAUUAUGCAAGCCUGUCAUUAUUCACUUUACCCCACCACAGGUAUCUCUUCUGCUACACUGUGAAGAAAAUCAGGAAAGAUUUAUCAAAACAUAAAUUCACUUUUUAUUGAAGCAUAAAAAAAAUUGCAAUAUUCCUUUUUUUCCCUCCACAUUGCUUGUUUUUGAAAAGAAGGCAACAAGAAAAACUACACAUGUACAUUCUUCAUUUUUCCAUUUUAUUCAUUUUUUUUUUUUUUUUUUGCAGUCUUACCAUUUUUCUUUUCUCAAAUCUAUUUCUCAUGCUUUUGAAUUGAGUGAUCACAACAUUUAACAUAGAUAUGAAAACAUGUUUACAGCACUUAUAAAGGCCAUGGUAUGGUCAUUUAGCUAUGCAUAUUGAUCCUUCGUGCCUUAGUGUCUUGCUCUCUCUGUUGCUGUCAUCCUAUCUCUGUCACUAGCAUUUUACUUGACCAGGAUGUGGGCUGUACUACAAAAUCUUUCAUCUGGAGAUAUUAAAAAUCAUCUUUCAAAGUUUU